GUCACGUGAUACAAAGCUGGCACACGUGGGUGGUGCAAAGGACACGGAUUCGGAGCAGGCUGAGGUACGGGGGGACACACUGAGAGGCGCAGCAGCAGUGAGACAAGAUGCAAUUGAACUCGAUCCUACACAGCGGUUAUUUCCAUCCCGUACUCAGGUCAUGGCAGACAACCGCUACAAACUUAGAUGCCUCCAAUCUUAUGUACCCUAUUUUUAUCACAGAUAGUCCUGAUGCCAUUGAACCAAUACACAGUCUACCAGGCCAAGCCAGGUACGGGGUUAACAAGUUAGAGGAUAUGCUGCGCCCUCUAGUGGAUGAUGGCCUGAAAAGCGUACUCAUCUUUGGCGUCCCCACCAAAGUGACAAAGGAUGAACGAGGUUCUGCUGCUGAUGCGGAUGAUACGCCAGCAGUCCUGGCCAUUAAGAAGAUUCGUGCCGCCUUCCCGCAGCUGCUAAUAGCAUGUGAUGUUUGCCUGUGUCCUUACACAUCCCACGGUCACUGCGGUAUACUAAGGGAGGAUGGUACCAUUCAGAAUGAGACCAGCUGCCAGAGAUUAGCAGAGGUGGCACUCGCUUAUGCCCGUGCAGGAUGUCACGUAGUGGCCCCCUCAGACAUGAUGGAUGGUCGUAUUGGAGCCAUCAAGAAAGCCUUGAUUUCUAAUGACCUGGGCAAUAAGGUUUCGGUCUUGAGUUACAGCGCCAAGUUUGCUUCAUGUUUCUAUGGGCCAUUUAGGGAUGCCGCACAAUCUAAGCCAGCGUUUGGCGAUCGGAAAUGUUACCAGCUUCCGCCUGGAGCUAGAGGACUGGCCAGCAGGGCUGUGGAUAGGGAUGUGAGGGAAGGAGCUGACAUGCUGAUGGUAAAACCGGGAAUGCCAUAUUUGGACUUGGUGAGAGAAGUGAAAGACAAGCACCCGGACCUCCCCUUGGCUGUGUACCAUGUGUCAGGUGAAUUCGCCAUGCUGUGGCACGGAGCGCAGGCUGGAGCCUUUGACCUAAAGGUAGCUGUACUGGAGGCGAUGACGGGCUUCAGACGAGCAGGUGCAGACAUCAUUAUAACGUACUACACUCCACAACUCCUCAAGUGGAUAAAAGCAGCAUAAGUUAAUAAACACUGGGAUCCACUUUGCUGCCCCUUUUUCCUGACACUGGACAAACCUUAAUUUAAAAUUGUGCUACAGAAUUUCAUACUAACCACAUCCCAAACGCAGUAUUCAGUAUUCCUAAUGCAGCCAUCUCUGGUGUGCUGGAGCUAUGAACUGUUAGGCCAACUUGCUUAAUAUGGGAAAUUUGGACUAAUACUACUUUUUAUUUUAAAAUUAGGCAUUUUUGUAUUGUUAGAAAAGUAACAGAUGUUCUUACAUAUAUGUUUUAUGUAAUGUACACUUCAAACCACAAUUAUUUACUAUAUGUUCCACUGUUUUGGUUUGUUGCAGUAUUUUAACUGUUUAAAGGGACAUUAAACCCAACAUUUUUCUUUCAUAAUUCAGACAGAGAAUACAAUUUUAAACAAAAUUCCAAUGUACUUCUAUUAUCUAAUUUGCUUCAAUAUUUAGCUAUCCUUUGUUAAAGAAAUAGCAAUGCACAUGGGUGAGCCAAUCACAUGAGGCAAAUAUGUGCAGCCACCAAUCAGAAUUUACUGAGCCUAUCUAGAUAUGCUUUUCAGGAAAGAAUAUCAAGAGAAUGAAGCAGAUUAGAUAACAGAAGUAUAUUAGAAAGUUGUUUAAAAUUGUAUUCUUUAUCUGAAUCAUAAAAGAGAAAAUGUGGGUUUAAUGUCCCUUUAAUUCAAAGUCAUGUAGGUUUAAAUGUGUAGGAUGUCACGUUCUUACAAGCACUGGGACCUUAUAAUUCCUAUCAAACAGCUGUAUUUUAUUACCAACUGGAAAAAAAAUUAGAAUCUUAAAGGGAUAUGAAACCCACCAUUUUUCUUCCAUGAUUCAGAUAGAGAAUGCAAUUUAAAAAAACUUUCUAAUUUACGUUGACUAUCAUGUCUUCGUUCUCUUGUUAAAUUUUGUUGAAAAGCUGGGAUGUAAGCUUAGUAGCUGGUCCAUUUUUGGAGCACUAUUUCCUAUCAGAUGCCUACCUAGGUAUCUCUUCAACACAGAAUUUCAUUGGAACGAUGCAAAUUUGAUCAUAGAUUUUUUUAUUUUAUUUUAAAUAGUAUGUUUUGUCUAAAUCACAAGAACAUUUUUGGGUUUCAUAUCCCUUUAAAAGCAGAGGAGUGACAGGUGUGUCUUGAAAUCCGCUGUAUUAUUUUCUGUUCUUACUGCUGUAUACAAAGAUUUAAGACAUUUGAGCAAAUUGAUUGUGUGUAAGAGAUUUGUGCCCUUCUUGGCUGACUUGAAAUAGUCAUGUGAUCUGCACGCAUCUGUCUGCUUCUUGUUUACAGAAAACAAGUAAGUUGAUUAUGAUCAGGGCUGCAUAGGAGGGAGGAGAUUUCCUAGACAGUUGUCUGUCCCUUCAAAAGGAACAUUGACCUUAAGGGUUAUGGAUUUUCCUCUAAGAGAGAGACUUAUAAAGUGAUAGGUAGUAAAUGAGACUGUAUUGCAGGGACUAGGGGCAAAGAACAAGCUCAUUAACAAAGAGCUGUGUGUGAGUAUAAAAGAAUGUAAGCCCCGCCCACACUGCAAGCUUCUUUUUUUACACAAAUAUAUGGAUGUUCUGCAAUACGUCUGCAAUUUACCUUAUUACAACUGUGUUUUGUGCCUUAGAGACCUCUUAUAUUCUCAAGUUCUGCUAUCUACAAUCGAUUUGGUCUAUGCAACUGAUGUUCAAAUACUACAGAAUAAAGUGAAAAAAUCUAACUAUAAGCAGCCCCUACAUAAGAAUAUGAGAACAAAUAAACUGAAUAGUUUUACAAAA